CCGACGUCGAGUACAUCACAUACAACGGCCCGUACGAGGCCCCCAAGCUCCACCCACACCCGGACGAGGACGCCGUCGACGCAAUAAUGGCCGACCCGGACAUGCUCACCCGUUAUGGCUCUGGAUACACCGCCGCUGCCGACAAGAGCGCCCCGGGCACUGGCACCGCGGCCAUCACCGUUCCCGGAACGUGGGGUCCGAGCACCAGCACGAACACAAACACGGGCAUCAGCGCGCGGCCACUCGCGGCACGUUCGCGCUCCGACAUGACGCGACACACCUCGAGCUCGUCUAGCGCCGUCGACCCCUCCACCACGCGCAGGUCUCAGCCGCCAACGAGCGCGCCGCGUCCACGGCUGCCUAGUUUUGGGGUUGGGGCCGGUCAAGCACACGCGCCUAGCUCCGGUGGAGUCGAAGAGUCACCAAUGCCGAUGCAGCGUACACGCUCGCAGAAGCGCACGAGUCGGCCUAGCACGGGCGCGGGCGAGGGACCAACGGGGGUGCUCGGUGCAGGAGGCAGUAUAAGCAGGAGUAGGAGCGGGAGCGAGGGCACCACCGCCGUCAGCAGGCUUCUUUCCAUCGGCCCGGGCUCAGGAUCGGGCUCAGGCUCAACGCGCAGGGCACAGCAUCCAGGGAAGAUUGCGCUCGAUAUCCCCGCCUCUGCAAAACCUGGCCCUCGGACGGCCCCCACGCCCGAUGAGAGGUCUGCAAACAACGUAGGGCGUCCGUCGUUUUCAUCUUCUUUGCAUCCGGAUACUGCACCAGCGCGCAAGUCGAGCGUGGAAGGCGCGAAGGGGGGCUACUUCUUCGACGCGGACGGGUAUUAUCCGAACCACACGUAUACGCGCGCACGUGCGGCUACGCACACGGCUACUGGUACCGCGUCGCCACGCCGCCCGCCGUCUGUCCCACUGCUUGACCGUGCCGACGAUGGCACCACGCAGAUGUCGCGUUCUCGGGCUCAGUCGUCUGCGCACCGGCCAACACAAUCGGACAACAUCCUGAUGGGCUUUAGCAAUGUGCCUUCGUCGUCGCGUCACACGUCACCACCACCACCACCCGCCCGGGCACAGGCUACGGCUCAAGAAGUAGAAUUUCAAUCACAACUACCGCAUUCCCAUUCCCGUUCGCACACUCAAGACGCGUUCCAAGACCAAUACCAAGACACCCUCCCAGCGCUCAUCCCGGGCGACCGCGACUCUACGGCAUCCGCAUCCGGACCUCCCUCGUCGCUGGGCACACAGUUUUCGUCGAGCGCCGCGCACGGACACGUUCUCUACCCCACCUCCGCCUCGACUCUGCACCCGUACGCGACAGCGACGUCGCCCGUUGCCUCGCCUCGCCGUGCACCAGUAGCGCUCCCACGGCGCGAUAGCGGUAGCGGUUCGUAUAUCGGGCAUCAUCGGCAGCAGGGCUCGGGGUCGAGUAUGAGCCAGAUGAGCGGGAUGAGCCAGAAGGCGCUGGGCAAGCGGCCGUCGGGGCUUGGGCUGCGGAGGUCGUCGUUGUCGCAGUCGCAACAAUGGCAGGGGCAGGGGCAGGGGCAUACGCGGGACACGUCGGGGUCGAGCGCGAUGAGCAGUCAGCAGGUGCACGCGCAGCCGCCGGUGAGGACGCAUUCGGUGCUGAAGAAGCGGCCGCCGCGGACGGCGAGUCUGCAUUCGCAUGCGCACACGCAUUCGCAUUCGAGGGGCCCGUCGAAUGUGUCGAGUUCGGCGUAUUCGCAGGGCUCGCAUGGGUCAGGGAUGGGGUGUGGGGCGUCUUCUGCGCAGGGACACGCUUAUGGGCGGGGCGAUGCGCGAUCCACGACGGCGGGAUCGAACACGCUCCGCGUCCCUUCUUCGCCCUCCGCAUCGCAUCUCCCCGCGCCUGGUCAUGGUCCUGGCCAGACGCAGACACAGCUCCGGUCCUCGAUAUCCGCGCCGAAUCUCGGCGAGGCGAACCGCGCGUUCCUUGUUCCUCCGCCUCCGCCCCACCCCGGUGCGAGUGGAGGUGCAGAUGGAGAUGGGGGUCGAAGGAAGAGCAAGCACUCUGCUGCGUCGGGUCUGCCGAAGGGCCUGGAUAGGUGGUUGAGCGCGGAGACGUGGUGCGAUGCGAUUUUUCUGCCGAGGCCGCGGUUUAGGCUGAAGAGCUCGAUGAGCACCGAAGGGAUGAGGGAGAGGGCUGCGGGUGGGGAUGGGGCUGUGGGUGCGGGUGCGGGUGGAGGUGCGGGUGGGCAGAUGGGCUAUGGCGAGGGAUGGGGGCAGGGGCAGGAGGGGAGGGAAGGGGAUGGAGACGGGAGGAGGAGCAGGAAGACGAGUCAGACGCAGACGCCGCAGAGGAUUGUGAGUCCGCCGACAACACCUGUGAAGGGGUGGAAUCCGCCGAUGCCGACUGUGGCCAGUGGUGGGACGGCGUCGCUCGGGCGGACGAGGUCGGCGAGCGCGGGUGCGGCGAGUGCGCUCGGGCUCGGGCCGCCGCCUGGAAGUUCUUCGAGCUAUCACACUCCUCAGCGGACGGUGUCCCAGGAAACGCAGGCUCAGGUUCAUCCUCCAUCAUCAUCAUCGACAUCACACCGCACAACACCUUCUUCCUCGUCUCGCCCCCGCGGAUUCACGCUGGGCCUGAUGAAGUCGCGCUCCGCCGCCGACCUCGGCUCUAGCAGCUCUACCAACGCGAGCACGACGAGCGUGCACAAGUAUCUCAGUGCCGCCGGGCCCGGAGCGGGGAGGCAUACGGUCCCCGCGCGUCCGCCGCUGUCGCCGAUUGCGAGUGUGAAGGAGCAUUCUGGGCGGGGGUCGAGUGUGUUGUUGCAGGCUAUCUUUAAUGAGCCUACUGCGCCUUCGAGUCCCGGCGGUGAAGGAGGAGGAGGUAGAGGAGAGGAGCAGGGCGGAGGUGUGGAUGAUGUGGAGAGGGGAGGGGAGGGGCAGGAGGAGAUGGCGUUGCCGGUGGUUGUGCCUACGCUUGAUCAGGUCAUCGAAGAAGGCGAAGAGCUCGAGAGGCAGCGCCAAAAGUGGCAGAAGCAAGCCCGAUCGUCCCUCGGCAACAAGCACACCCGCUCCAUCUCCCGCGCACGCGCCAAGUCGCUGUCGGAGGCGCAGGCGAAGCGCCAGGGCCUUGUCGACCGCGACCAGGACGGGAAGAAGCACAACAAGCACUUUGACUUCCUCGCGCAACGCACCUUCCUUGGGACGCAGCUGAACGCCCCGAACGUCACGGUGACAGCCCCACAGGGCACGAGUGCGAAGUCGCUCAUUAGGACGCGGUCGAGAGGCACUGCGGGGACUGGGACGGCGCACACGAGGUCGCAGACGACUACGACGGGGACGUCGGACACCGGUACUGGCACUUUGCCGUCGUCCCAUGGUCAUACGCUGUCGCAUGCGACGACGUCUGCGGGGUCGCAUCACCAUUCGCACUCGCAUGCGACGACCUCGACGUCUGCGGGGCAUUCUCACUCACACUCGCAGUCGCAGUCGAUCGCGCAUUCGUCGCCAAGCUCGAAGCGCGGUUCGUGGCCAAAGAACGCGCUCCUCAAGGCGUCCGCACUCUGCACGGGGCCGGAGCAGGAUGAGGCGUUCCGCUCGCCGGUGCUUGAGAACGGGGAGCCGCUUGAUAUUGCGGUGCGCGAGGGUGCUGGUGCCGGCGUCGAUGUUGGCGACGGAUGGGUCGACAUCGGUCGCUCGGACGCUCAGCCUCAUCACCAUCGCCUGGAGCCGCGGUCUCCGACGCUUGCGAGGUCAAGGUCUUUGUCGCAGCCGCUUCCGAAUGGAAACGCGAAUGCUCUGAGUGUCGCCGAUCCGUCGCCAGACCCGAGUAUGCGUGGCUCGGCGAUUGGGAUUGCGCUGUCGACGCCUCCACCAUCGGACGAUGGACAUACCGCCACAGGGAGGGAACCAUUCAAGUUUGCCAGUCAUCCAUACGCGAUCGUGACAAACGGACACCCACAUGGCGCGCCGCCGGUCAAUCAUCAUGGGCUCAGUGACGAAACCCCGAAGGGACACUCGGCCAAGCGCUCCGAGUACGUCGGGCCUCACCCGAGUGCGUACGCUGCGCAGAUCUCUCCGGAGUCUGCGACGAGCGACGUGUCGAUGCGCCAUCGUUUGCCUCCUGGGGCUGUCCAGCAACAACGGACAUACACCCACCCCUUCGCUUCUGCGCUUCCCUGUCCUGGUACCGCUGCCGGCGUCAACUAUGGCGCAAGUGCUACCGACAGCGUUUUCCCGGGCAUCCACGCGCCGGGCUCGCCUGUGUCGCUCUCGAACCUUGAUCUCGACCGGAUGGGCGUGGGCGCGAUGCUUGCGUAUGCUGAACGAGAACGCGCGAGUCCGCUCCCGACACCGCCGCUUCCGCCGUCACACCCGCUUAUGCAGCGGAUGCAGGCGCAGAUGCAGUAUCAUGCGCACGUUCAGCCGCAGGUUCAGGCACAGAGCCAUGCGCGGACGUUUACGCAGGGCGCGGAGUUGCCGAACCCGUACGACGGUAGCGAUAGGAUGCAGCGUUAUCGAGUUGAGGGAGUUGAGGAGGAGGAAUAUGAGGAGCUGUCGCCAAAGGAAGGGAGGUUCUUGGAAAAUUUCUCGGCGGAUGGGCAUGUGCCGUCGAGCGAUGGACAUGGAUAUGGUACUUCAUCCGAUGGACAUUCGCAACCUUUCCAGGUGGAUCAAGCCAUGCCGGUGUUCGCACAGGUGCAGCCUCUUGUACCUCGCCAUCCUCAUCCGACCAGUGGGAGCGCGCCUUGGACUGGAGCCGGAUCCGCGACCGGGUACAGCAGCAACAGAGGGAGCGUCAUCCACCCUGCGAUCCCGCUCGAGCGCCAGUCAUCCGCGCAGAAGGUCAUCACGAUGCUCGAGAACAACGACGACCUUGACGAGUUCCGCGACCUGUUCUAUAACCCACCGAGCGUGUCGAUUGUCCCCGCGCCCUCAAGGUCCUCCUUUGAACUGCAGAACCCGCCGCAGCCGCGCGUGCAUCUUCCCGGACCCGCUCACCCGUUCAAGACGGUCGCGAUGCCUGCAGCGCAUGCCGCGGAGGCUGCGCAGUGGCAGACGCGGACGCAUCGGCGGAAGCUCUCGGAGGUGGCGGAAGCGGAGAGUAUCGGGUCUUCGAGCAGUGCGCUGACGAAUCUCGUGCACAAGCUCAGUGCGGAGAUGUUGUCGCUGCGCGGGGAUGAUUCGCCGAAGGGACGCAACUCAUCGUCACCACGGAACGAGGGCUCGCCUUCUUCGCUCCGUUUAAGGCACAACGCAAGCCAGGAGCGUCUGUCAGAGAAGAACUUUGUGUUCACGGAUCUCACAGCGUCGUACUCUGCGCUGCCGGUUGUUCUUGGCGGGACGUCGACGUUGCCUCUGCAUGACGUUGUCGCUGGAGAGCACGGAGAGUUGGCGGGUGGAGAUGGCGGGGUGCCGGAGGACGUGGCUUCAUCGAGGGCGUCUUCGCCAAUCGAAGGCCCGGCUGACCUGGAGAAUGAUACAUUUGGGUACCCCGUUCGACACCAGCAGUUCAAGCCGCCCUCUCCUGUUACCGUUCAGAACGUCCCGAGCCAAAGCUCUACCCAGUUCUCCAUCCUCGUUGGAUCCGCUGAUGAAGACCCUCCGCACACCCCUGAGCGCGAAGCUUCGAAUAGUCCCAUGAAAUCCUCCGCAAUUGCCAUGUGUGGUACUGGCCCGCGCCGCCCAAAGCAGAGUGCGAUGGACUCCGCCCUCCGCGUGAGCUGCGCGACUGUCAUGUCCGACUCGUCCCGCUUCUCGGGCCUGUCCGACUUCCCUGCUCCACCACACCAGGCUGAGCUUACACCCGCGCACAUGUCAAUCCUUCAGGGCUACUUCGACUCCACGCCCAGCGCCACCACGAAGCAGGUUGGAGACCCGCUCGCGCAGGCACUCGGACGCAUGACGCGUCCUGGACUGUCGCGGGCGGCUACCAGCGACGGUUUACUUUCCCCUAGACCUGCCUUGUCGCGGUCUGAGACGGCCGAGAAUGCAGCACUCGCACCUUCUCUCGCAUCCACACACCCGACCACAGAAGCGCCUCGUCCUGCUUUGUGAUCAGCGUCAUAUACAUACUCUUCACCUUACACUCUGCUUUUCGGCACAUAAUCUCCUUUGCACUGUUAUAUAUUAUUCAUUAUUGUUUAUCCUGCUUUUUUCUUCCUCUCGCUCGCACUCUCCCUUUCUCUUUUCCUAUCUCUAUCCGCACUGCUUUCCUCGCCUGCUCACUGCCUAUUCUCUUCCUCCAUCUAUCACCUAGCACUACCCCUUAGAUUAAACCCACGCCUACACACCC